ACUCAACUCUGCACUUGAUCGAUCGGAUCGAGCAGGUCAUAUCCACUCCCCGCAUCAUGAGCGGGCGAAAACUCAACCCAGAGGAGCAAAAGCUCCACCAAGCUGCGCUUUCAAGCACCGACAAAGUCCUAACCUCGAAAGAAGCUGAAAAGAUCAUCCCAGAUGUGUCCGCACGUACAGCAGCAGUCAACUUCCUUCUGGGAGCUGGCAUGCUCAAAGUCCUGUCCAACGCGGCAGGCGUCAUCUCUUUUCGAGCUGUGAUGAAAAAGGAGAUAGAAGUGAAAAAAGAUAUGAGCGGUGAAGAAGCCAUGGUACUCGGCCAUAUCCAAGCUUCCGCCAAUGAAGGAAUCUGGACAAAACAUCUAAAAGCCAAAACCGAAUUGCACCAAACCGUAAUCGACAGAUGUUUAAAAUCACUCGUUCAGAAGCAGCUCGUGAAAGCUAUCAAAGCCGUCAGGCACCCAACUCGCAAGAUCUACAUGCUCGCGCACUUAGAACCUUCAGUCGAACUAACAGGUGGACCAUGGUACACCGACAACGAACUCGACACAGAAUUCAUCAAGCUUCUCUCAACUGCAUGUCUGCAUUACAUCCGUGACCGUUCAUUCCCCAAACAAAGCAACAAAGCCUCGUCACAAAACGAAUACAGACUCUACUCCAUAGGCGCUGCACCCUCUUUCCCAUCUGCACAGCAAAUCCAGCAUUUCUUGAGUAAGAGCAAGAUCACGGAGACGCUGUUGGGCGUUGACCAUGUUGAGAUGCUUUUGAGGGUGCUUGAAUUGGAUGGGGAGAUUGAGAAGCUGCCUGCGUUCACAGCAUCUGCUUGGGACGCUACCGUCGACUCUGACAAUUCAGAAUCCGGAUCUAGCUCAGACUCGGACUCGGACUCGGACUCGGACGCAGAAACCACUCGAAAAAAGCGCAAACGCAGCACAUCCAAAAAGAAGAAAGACACUAAAACUAAAACUAAAACGCGUAAACGGCGACGUACAGAGGAAUCAGACAGCGAUAGUGUUUCGGAGUCUGAGGAAGAAGAGCGGUUGAAACGGAAGAGGAAACGAAGUAAGAGCAAGAAGGAAGAGAGCAGCGAUGAGGAGGAGGAUCGCAGAAGUAAGAAGAAAAAGAAACGCAAAGCAAGGGAUGAGAGCGAGGGCAGUGAUGAUGAUGACCGUAAGUCCUCGACAUCUAAACGCAAGGGCAAGGGGAAGAAGCGGGGUGAUUCCUCUGAUGAUGAUUCUGAAUCUGAAUCCGACUCUGACGAUGACCGUCAUUCGAAAUCGAGAUCAAAAUCAAAGCCGAAGAAGGUGAAGACGAAGACGAAGACGAAGAAAAAAGCAAGCUCAAGUUCAAAACGCGUCAAAUUCGAGUCUCCGGAGGCGGACGACGGCAUCAGCGUUGGUGGAGCGUUUGUUUACCGAGCCAUUAGGCAGGAACGAGUAGCCCUAGGGUGGUCACAGGCUCCGUGCGGCAGAUGUCCUGUAUUCGACUUCUGUCGUGAAAAGGGGCCCACAAAUCCACAAGAGUGCGUAUAUUACGAGGAGUGGCUGAACUUCAAGGGUACGGGCGGUGAAGGGGCAUCAGCGGUUGUAAAAGUUGAAGCAUGAUCUAGCUUGUAGCCGAUUCAAGAAUUCCUUAUGUUGCUCUGAUACGAUUACACUCGAGAUGAUUACUGCUUCU